CAGAAUCAUGUUGCUCCAUCGAUUUGUCCCGUACAUAACUCAUUCUUGCAAGUGAUUCCACCAGAAAUGCGUGUGGAACCCAUGCUCUUCGAUUGUUUGCCGGAGAAAGGCUGAUACUGAGAGCCGCAACUCCGACCGAGUCGGUCAGUGGGAGUACCGCCUGAACUUGGAUAUUUCCAGCCCCAGAGACCAUUGCCGGCGGUCGACACGAAAGGGGGAAGCACAUCAAUCCCUUGGCUUGGGAAUAUUGGGAAUUUCAUGUCUGCGUUGAAAGAAGCCAGCUCAUCUCGAGGCGAGACGCGAAAGAAUUGCCACAAUUGCCGUCGUCGCCGUCGAAGGUGUGAUCGUUCAGUUCCCGGCUGCCAUAAAUGCCAUAGUACGGGACAGGAAUGCCUUGGGUAUGGCUCAUUGUAUCGAUGGACCGACUCCAUGGUAUCACGGGGUCGGAUGAAUGGGCAGAAGACAUUUGCUCCAACAAUUUCGAAGAACGGUGACGAGAAUGACCACUCAUGGGUGAUACCAUAUUUCGAGCGUCGACAGGAGAUGCUCAUGAAUACCCCAAGAGACGAAUUGGGUAUUCUACUGAUGGACCCUUUGUUGCAGGAUAUGGACUCGUUGUCAAGGCGCUACUUAAGCUACUUCGCCGAGCGCUUCUGCCAAGAUCUCGUCGUCAACGACUCGCCGCAGCGUGGCGCCAAUCCAUUCCGAGAACUCAUUCCCAUGUGUGGAAUGCACUCGUUCCUCCAGCAUAUCAUUGUCGCAGCCUCGGCCAUCCAUUUCUCCAAUCUAAUGCGCAGUGGGAGCAACAACACAUAUCCACAGAUAGCCACGGACGCACUUGUUGAUGCUUUGCAUGCACGACAUAAAGCCAUUAAGGCGCUGCAGCUAGUACUGGAGCGUUACAAGGAUGAAGACCGCUCUGAGAGCAAGUAUGGAGAGAUGGAUGCUCUGCUAGCCACAAUUGUCUUCUUUAUCAACUUCGCCCUCGUCGAUUCUGGGAAGGGGGCUUGGCGAUCACACAUGGAAGCUGCAGGGAGACUUAUCAUUGCGCAGAGUUCUGAGUAUCUCCAUCGCUCUGAGAAUGCAAAAGACAUCAACUCAGCGGAAUUUCCAGCUAUGUCGGCCAGGCAACAAGAUCCAGACGGGACACCUCUAUUGGAUGUGACAGGAACAGCCCCUGAACUAUCCUUCCCCUUGAAUCGCCCAAUCCACUCGACUUGGCAUCAUGAGGUGGGAAUCCGCGAUUACAUCGCCUCCGACUUCAUGGCCUACUACGUCUGGAACAACACGCUAGACUCGCUCGUCUCCUCAAUCGAAGGCUCAACCUCCUGCGCCCCUUCAAUCGAUUUCAGCGCCCCCGACGUCCUUGCCAUCGCCACCCGCACCGAAGCAAAUAGCUACCAUAGCUGCCCCGCCCACUUGCUCUACACCAUCCUUGAGACCUCCCGCCUCAUGAAAGAAAUAUCCUCCAACAGCUCCGGCCUUCCCACCCCCGGGCAAAUGGACGCCUGCGCCGCCAUCAUCCGCGAAGCCCAAGCCUUCGACGUUCACGCCUGGGCCACCGGCGUCUGCGCCGCUAACGCCGAAUCCUGCGGACCCGUCGACGAGCUCCAGCUGCGUCUGCGGACGCACAUCGCCGCCACAUACCGCGCGACGACUUGUCUAUUUGUGUUGCUGACCGCGCCUGGACUACAAAACUACGAACACAGCCGCAUCCGGCCCGGUGAUUCUCCGGACAGUACCCCUAUGCUCCCAAACUCGGAGGACUUCGUGGCGACGAUUUUGCAUCAAUUGUCGUUCAUUCCUGCCUCUAGCCCGCUGUUCAAGUACACCACUUGGCCCGUCUUUAUGACGGGCGUGGAGACAGCGUGUCCGGAGAGGAGGGCAUGGGUGAUUGAAAGGCUGAGGGCGAUGUGGGAUAUAUGUCCGUGGGGCAUGCUCAAGUCGGCUAUGGAGACACUGUUUUAUAUCUGGCAAUUGAGAGAUGAUGCCACAGGGGAGAAUGGUGGGAUGACGAAUGAGUCUGUGGGUAAAGAGAAAACGGCAGAGGCGGGUGAUGCGACCGGCACCAACUCGCUUAUGCAGUUGCGAGGUAAUCGAGUUGAUUGUUUAAUUGUAUGACAGAUAAGAUGCUUGAUGCGUUACAUACCCUUAUAUGAUUGAUAUCAAUAAGCUACAACACGCUAAGUGUCACAACAAGCCUACUGGGCUAUAGCUAGUUUCGGUGAGUGGUCAUACUUAAGAAUUUUGUCUCGUGCAUCCUGGUGUUUCUCGAAUUCCUUGAGUUGUUUGGGUCGCACAUCAUCCUUGGCAUUUAUGUGGUUCGCCAUGAUGGAUGAGAUCGAAUGUCAGGAUUGCGGUACAUGUUCUUUUCAGCAGUGAAGAUGGUCAAGUGUUGAUUGCGGUGUCGAGGCGCAAUAACCUUGGUAGUUAUCUGCAUGGGGGUAGUGCUUCCGAAAAUCUUGAGGAUUGGAACCCAGGAUUACAUGGGC